GGAGCGGAAUGCAGCCACAGGGUGCGGGUCUGGUCCGGUCCACAGCCCUGGAGCCGCUUCCGUUUGCGUGCUGGGAGGGCUCGGCGAGGAGGCUCUGGACCCCCCGCGGGAGGAGAGGGGAUCAAGCGUCUGCCCCGUCGGAGGCACCAUGCCUACUGCCUGGGGAUGAGGCUGAGCUCCGGGACCAGGACUGCAGCCGGUCGGGCUGUGCCGGCACUAUAUGUGCCGUGAUAUAGAUUGCAAUAAAGAUCCUCCCUGGGAGGCGAGGAGGAGUGACUUCCAGGGGGCUGGGCGGAGGUGGAGAGCAGAGAGGCUCUCGCCUAUAAGGAGGUGCCCAGCGCCCGGCUGCUGUUUCCCGGCCGGAGCUCGCAAGGUGAAUCGCAGCGGCAGCAGCCGGGGGAGCCGCCUCGGCUCGGGAGCUGCUGUCGGCGCUUGGAGCGGCUCCUCUGAGAACCGCGGAUGAGAGUCCCUCGGCCGAUCCUGGCCCCACUUCCCCCUUAGCCAGGACUGCCUGCCUGCCUGGAUGCUGAAUGGUGUAAAUGAGAGGAGGAAAAGGGAGCGCACACAAGCUGGGAGGCUCUCGGAGUCCGGGACCGGAGGAGACAGGCGGGCGGCUAGCUUUUUCCUCCGGGGCUGAACAUGGAUUCCGAAGUCCUCGGGGGCUUCACUCUGCUGCUCUUCAGUUUUUGGCAUCUGGGAUUAACUGCACCAAACUAUAACUGUGAUGAUCCAUUGGUAUCUUCCUUACCUUCAACAGCCCUUACAAGUUCCUCUGAGCUCUUCAGUACUCACAGUCCCAGCUUUGCAAAGCUCAACAGGAGAGAUGGAGCUGGUGGCUGGUCCCCGCUGGACUCAAAUGAGCAGCAGUGGCUCCAGGUCGAUCUGGGAGACAGAGUGGAGAUUGUUGCAGUUGCUACGCAGGGCAGGUACGGGAGCUCAGACUGGGUAACCAGCUAUACACUGAUGUUCAGCGACACCGGCCGCAACUGGAAACAGUACAGACAAGACGACACCAUCUGGGUUUUCACAGGGAACAGCAACGCUGACAGUGUGGUUCACCACAAAUUGCUGCACUCCAUGAAAGCCCGCUUCUUGCGCUUCAUCCCUCUUAAGUGGAACGCUGGUGGUCGGAUAGGACUAAGAGUGGAGGUCUUUGGUUGCUCCUAUAAGUCAGAUAUUGCCGACUUCGAUGGCAGAAGUUCACUCCUCUACAGGUUCAAUCAGAAGCUUAUGAGCACAUUCAAAGAUGUGGUCUCUUUGAAGUUCAAGAGCAUGCAGGGGGAUGGUGUCUUAUUCCAUGGAGAAGGACAGCGUGGAGACUACAUUACCUUGGAACUUCAGAAAGGGAAGCUCUCCUUGCACAUCAACCUGGGGGACUCCAACCUGCACUUCAGUAACAGUCACACAUCUGUCACCCUGGGCAGCCUCCUGGAUGACCAGCACUGGCACUCGGUUCUCAUAGAGCGCUUCAACAAGCAAGUAAACUUCACAGUGGACAAGCACACCCAGCAUUUCCGAACGAAGGGAGAUUCAGAUCACUUGGAUAUUGAUUAUGAGCUCAGUUUCGGAGGGAUUCCUGUCCCAGGAAAACCAGGAACCUUUCAGAGGAAAAAUUUCCAUGGAUGCAUUGAGAACCUUUAUUACAAUGGAGUCAAUAUUAUUGACCUAGCAAAAAGGCGCAAACCUCAGAUCUAUACUGUGGGGAAUGUGACAUUUGCUUGCUCAGAACCACAAAUUGUUCCUAUCACCUUUCUCAGCAACAGUCAAAGCUACUUGCUACUACCUGGCACUCCUCAAAUUGAUGGUUUGUCGGUCAGCUUCCAGUUUCGAACAUGGAAUAAAGAUGGUUUACUUCUGUACACUGAAUUGUCUGAAAAUUCAGGACCUCUCUUGAUUUACCUCCGUGGUGGGAGAUUGACACUACUUAUUCAGAAGGAGACAGAGAACCCAGUGGAAAUCACUGAAGGCACCAAUCUCCACGAUGGCCUUUGGCAUUCCGUUAACAUCAAUGCCAGAAGACAUCGCAUUACCCUGACACUGGAUAACAACGCUGCCACUGCUAGCCAUGCAACCACUGCCUCAAGGAUCUACUCUGGGAACAGCUACUAUUUUGGAGGGUGCCCUGACAAUUUCACCGAUUCCCAAUGUUUAAAUCCCAUUACUGAUUUUCAAGGCUGUAUGAGGCUCAUCUUUAUUGAUAACCAGCCCAAGGACCUCAUUUUAGUUCAGCAAGGCUCUUUAGGGAAUUUUAGUGAUUUACACAUUGAUCUGUGUGGCAUCAAAGACAGAUGUUUACCCAACUACUGUGAACAUGGGGGAAAAUGCUCUCAGUCCUGGACCACCUUUUACUGCGAUUGUAAUGAUACAGGCUACAUGGGAGAAACCUGUCAUAAUUCUAUCUAUGAACAAUCUUGUGAGGCUUAUCGACACCAAGGGAAGACAUCAGGUUUCUUCUACAUCGAUUCUGAUGGAAGUGGACCUCUUGGACCACUCCGUGUUUUUUGCAAUAUAACAGAAGAUAAGAUCUGGACUGCAGUGCAGCACAACAGCACAGGGCUAACCAGAGUCCAAAGAGCUGAUAUGGAGAAGCCGUAUACCAUGUUCUUUAAUUACAACAGCAGCGUGGAGCAGCUUGAAGCCGUGAUAAACAGUGCAGAGUACUGCGAACAGGAGGCAGCCUACCACUGCAAAAAGUCACGUCUCCUGAAUACCCCAAAUGGAAUGCCAUUUGUUUGGUGGGUCGGCCGUGCCAAUGAAAAGCAUCUUUACUGGGGAGGAUCUCUUCCAGGCAUUCAACAGUGUGCAUGUGGACUGGAAGAAAGUUGUCUGGAUAUGAGAUAUUUUUGCAACUGUGACGCAGACAGAGAAGAAUGGACAAAUGACACUGGCCUCCUUGCUUUCAAAGACCAUUUGCCUGUAACUCAGAUAGUGAUCACUGACACAAACAGAUCAAAUUCUGAGGCUGCUUGGAAAAUUGGCCCUUUGCGUUGCUAUGGAGACAGGCAGUUCUGGAAUGCUGCUUCUUUCAACACGGAGGCCUCCUACCUGCACUUUCCCACCUUCCAUGCCGAGGUCAGUGCAGACAUCUCCUUCUUCUUCAAAACUACUGCCGCCUCUGGGGUGUUCUUGGAAAACCUUGGGAUUAAAGACUUCAUACGAGUUGAAAUAAGAUCUCCCAAAGAGAUUGCCUUCUCCAUAGAUGUUGGGAAUGGCCCCAGAGAAGCCACCGUGCAGUCUCCUGCACCCCUGAAUGACAACCAGUGGCAUUAUGUCCGAGCAGAGAGGAACCUUAAGCAAACCUCUCUCCAGGUGGACAGCCUGCCCAAGAAGGUCCUGGAGGCACCUGCUGAGGGGCAUUUCCGCUUGCAGCUCAACAGCCAAUUAUUUGUAGGGGGAACAGCUUCCAGACAAAAGGGCUUUUUGGGAUGCAUUCGAUCUCUGGAUUUAAAUGGACAGAAACUUGACCUUGAAGAGAAAGCUAAAAUGACACCUGGUGUUAAACCUGGAUGUCCAGGACAUUGCAGCAGUUACGGUAACCUCUGCCAUAAUGGAGCAAAAUGUGUGGAGAAGUAUAAUGGUUACUCCUGUGAUUGUACCAACUCAGCAUAUGAAGGACCUUUCUGCAAGGACGAGGUUUCUGCAUUAUUUGAAGCUGGCACUUCCGUUACCUAUAUUUUCCAAGACCCUUAUCCUGUCACAAAAAAUGCAAGCACCUCAAGCUCUGCCAUUUAUGUGGAUGCUGUCGUGUCCAAGGAAAAUAUCGCAUUUAGCUUUCUCACAGCACAUACUCCAAGCCUUCUGCUGUACAUCAACACCUACUUUCAUGAAUAUUUGGCUGUGAUUCUCUCCAAAAAUGGGAGUUUACAGGUCCGAUACAAGCUGAGUAAGGAUGGGCUCCUCAUUUUCACCAUUAACUCUGGAAAUUUUGCCAAUCGAGAGCUGCACCAUGUGAAGAUUAACAGAGAAGGCAGAGAGCUUGUUGUUCAGGUUGAUCAAGUUCUCAAACUCAAACACAACUUUUCUGAGAUUGAUUUUAAGGCCAUUAAAUCACUCACCUUGGGCAAGGUCACAGAUAGUUUAUCACUGGACCCUGAAGUAUCAAAGGCAAAUGUCUACGGUUUCACUGGCUGCCUGUCCUCUGUUCAGUACAACCACAUUGCUCCCCUGAAAGCUGCCUUACGCCAUCCCAGUAUUGCUCCCGUGACAGUCAAAGGCUCCUUGACUGAAUCCAGCUGUGCAUCCAUAAUGGAAGCUGACGUGAACACAGUAACCACAAUAUAUUCCUCAUCAGAUCCCUUUGGGAAAACAGAUGAAAGAGAGCCUCUCACCAAUGCAGUCAGAAGUGAUUCAGCUGUGAUUGGAGGUGUAAUAGCAGUCGUGAUAUUCAUCAUCUUUUGCAUCAUUGCCAUCAUGAGCAGAUUUCUCUAUCAGCACAAACAAGCACAUCGAAGUAGCCAAGCAAAGGAGAAGGAAUACCCGGAACACCUUGAGAGCUCUUUUAAAGCUGACAUUGACUUGCAGAACACAGUGAGCGAGUGCAAACGGGAAUAUUUCAUCUGAUGGACAAUGAAAUUUCUUCUUACUUUCACUCUUCUAACCUUCCUUCCUUUAUUCCUUGCUCUCUUUUUGUAAUCUUUUCUUUUUUUUUUGAACCCUCAUUUUUUGCUAACUCCUUUUUCAUUUGGAAAAGACUGCCCUGCACAGCAAACACUGACAACACAGUGCCUCAGUCUGCACAAGACCCUGGCAGUCACAGUUUACUCCUGCAGCUCAAGAGACCUGUUAACUCACCCUACACAAAGUAAGAUCCACAUGCACAUCUGGUUUCUGCUGUGGGUUCCUGGUUGUUUCAAAGUCCCUUCAUUUAUUUCUGUUUUUCUCUGGAGCCAUUUAAUUCACCAUUUUUACACUAGAGCUGAACUAUGUAAAGUAGAGAUAAACUAGCUAAACACACAGCUCUGCAGAUACUGGGACAGGAUAGAGGGAAAGAAUGAGUCCAAACUGCCUGAUUUAUUUUACAGGCUAAUUUACAACAAUCAUAAAGAACUGGCCAAAUUCUCAAACAAUAUGUUUUGAUACAUAUAUCUAUUGAUUUCAGUGAUGUUGCAUUAAUUUAUACCAGUUGAGAAGCUGGUAUGAGGUAAGGAAAAAUAAAACCAUCCUCAUUAAGGUCCUUCCCACAACCUCCUGUCCUUUUACUGUAACUUUUAGGCUUAUUAGUACUUUUUUCAACAAUAUAUGUAUCAACAAUAAAUGUCACUCCCAUGCACUUCUUUCACCUCCAUCUCAUAAGGCUGGCUAUGUAGACCCAACAUACUAUAGCGUAACUCUAGCUGAAGCAUGAAUAGUAGCUCGAAUCUCGAAGGGUUUUAGGAAGCUGCUAGGAUUUAGGUGCUCUAUAUUUGUCUGAAAUGUUAGAAAUGCAGCAUAUAUCUGUUCAUGCCAUAUGGAGGUUUAUCACAUGCUGAGGUUAAAUACCGUUGCCACUGUGGCAAAAAAGUACAUAGACAAGAAAAAAACAAAAAUAUUUUAAUCUUAAACAUGAGUCGCAUUUUCUGCCAGUUCUAAAACAGAAAAUAAAUAAAAUCUAACUACUUAACUUCCCCUCCAAACUACCUGAAAGAUUGAUUGGUAUUUCAUGUUUGUAGAAAUUGGAAUAUCUUCUCCAUAGCUAAAUAAAGAGAGGUCUGAUGUCACAUCUAAAAAGGUUAAUAUUUAAUCAACCCCGUUUACAAGGAAGAACAUUAGGGAAGCAAGUUUAAAAAGAUCCCAAAUACUCUAUGUUGAACUAAUCUAUCUUUUCUCCUGUUUUUCUAAAGUCUUCUGUCCUUUCCUGAUUGGGAACAAUACUGAAGACUCAAAUCCUGCCCAUUUUACUUGUGCUGCUUGUCUUCUGUGUGAAGCUAAAAAUCCCUUCUUUUCAGUCACAAACAUCCUAAGGGA